GAACCCCCCUCUUCAAGUACCUUUUCCCUCUCCGCGACCCGGCCCUGGCGCCCGAGAGGAUUCCUGGGUGGGGGUGGGCGUGGAGGGCCGGGGGCUGGAGGGGCACUCGGCCCCGGAGAGUGCAGCAGACAGGGCUGGUCCCGAGGUGGAUGCGGCCCCGGAAAAUGGGCGGCUGGGGGGUGUCCAGGGAGUAGGGUCGGGUCGGAGUAUAUGGACCACCGGGCCCGGAGGGUCCGAGCCGAGAGCGGAGCCUGCACCCUCCACCUCCCGCCCUUCGGGAAAUAUCAGAACUGAGCCAGGAGGCAGGUGCACCGGGAAAAUGUGUCUGAGUCCUGCUUGGCAGAAGAGAAACUGAGUCACCAGCUUAGGAGUCGCAGGGUCAGCGGGCCUGAAGGGGGCUGGGUCUGUCUGCGGUGCGGAGGGUUGGGUGGGCCUGUGUGAGCCGAGGUGGCCGCUAGCUGGAGAUUGGUUUGCACUUCUUGGCUGGGUUCCCCCGUGCUCCAUGACUCCUGCAUCUCCUGAUUGUUUCUCGUUGGUUUGGAGUUGUCCCUGCGGUUGGAGCCAUCUGAGCUUGUAGGGUCGAGGCCCAGGAGGAAGGGGAGGGUUCACCGACUUACAGCCUGGCUGUAGGUUUGAACAGGAGUCUGAGGUCGCUGAGGGUUUGGGGAGACUUUCCUGAGCUGCUCUGGCCCCAGUCCUGGGGCUGUCACCUUCCAGUAUUGCGUGGCGGGAGGAGCGCUAACAAGAGCCAAGGGUUGUAAAUUCCACACCCAGCUCUGCCACUUUCUAGUUGUAAGACCUUGAGAGGGCUCCUCCUUUCUCUAAUUUCUCUUUUAGAAAAUUGGAACUAUAAUAUUCUUCUCCCACAUGAAGAUAGUAACAAUGGCAGUCGUUUAGCGGAUGCUUACUUUGCGUUCAGCGCUGACAUACCCCAUUCCAUGUAAUUCUCUCAACAUUUCGAGGGGAGGGAUCAUUAGCUUUGUUUAACAGAUAGAAAAACGGAGGCUCAGAGAGGACGUGGAAUUUGUUCAAGAUAACAUCGCUCAUAAGGUGGCUGGACUGGGUGCUCAUAAGGUGGUUUGAGCCCUGGUCUGACUCAAGUCCAUGGCCUUAACCAGAAGGCUAACCUGCCUUUAGGGCAUACUCCCCAGUGGGAGAAGAGGAAGGUGAAAAAUCCUAGGGCCCCAGCUCUCCCUGUGAUGUUUUGUUUACGUGAGGCCAGCAAAGACUUGACCUGACCCAACCCAGUUUCCCCUCUGGGGCCCCUGCGGCCUCUGGCCCCAGACUGAAGGGAUACCAAAGAAGUGGGCUGUAGCUAUUUCACAUCUCCUUCACGCAGUGCGUGGGUGCUGGACUCUGGGGUCAGCUUUCGAGACAAUUACUGUUUUGAUCCAUCAUGCAUACAUCCUCAUUAAUGAAUCGGCCCCCUCCAAAGAGUUGGACCCUAAGAUGCAUGAGGCAGGCUCUCUAAGGUCUAGAAUCCCAGCUCCUCUCUAGCCCCCUGCGAGCUGGGGCGGUGAGGUGCUAUGGCUGAGGCUGGCCCAGCCGGUCCCUGGGGACAGGGACUAUGAAGUGGGGAAAACAGUAGACUUGGAGUUCUGAAACUUUUCUGAGCUUCGGUUUCCUCAUCUGUUCGAGAGGUCUUUGAAACCUCUCAGGGAAAGCUGCUGCCGCCCACCCCUCGUCUUCUGGCUGCCUCCCUCUUUGUGCCCCGCAGGCUCCCCCUCUCCACCUCCUGGGGCCCAUCAUGAAUGGUGCCCCUUCCCCAGAGGACGGGGCCUCCCCCUCGUCUCCCCCGCUGCCCCCACCCCCGCCCCCUAGUUGGCGGGAGUUCUGUGAGUCCCACGCCCGGGCUGCGGCUCUGGACUUUGCCCGCCGUUUUCGCCUCUACCUGGCCUCCCACCCCCAAUAUGCGGGGCCCGGGGCCGAGGCUGCCUUCUCCCGCCGUUUUGCUGAGCUCUUCCUGCAGCACUUUGAAGCCGAGGUGGCCCGGGCCUCUGGCUCCCUGUCGCCACCCAUCCUGGCUCCCCUGAGCCCUGGUGCGGAGAUUUCGCCACAUGACCUGUCCCUUGAGAGCUGCAGGGUGGGUGGGCCCCUGGCUGUGCUGGGCCCUUCUCGAUCAUCUGAGGACCUGGCCGGCCCCCUCCCUUCCUCAGUCUCUUCCUCCUCUACAACCUCCUCCAAGCCGAAGCUCAAGAAGCGCUUUUCCCUGCGUUCAGUGGGUCGCUCUGUCCGAGGCUCAGUCCGUGGCAUCCUGCAGUGGCGGGGGACCGUUGACCCUCCCUCCUCCGCUGGGCCCCUGGAGACCUCGUCAGGCCCCCCAGUCUUAGGUGGAAACAGCAACUCCAACUCCUCUGGCGGGGCUGGGACCGUUGGUAGGGGACUGGUCAGUGAUGGAACGUCCCCUGGGGAAAGAUGGACUCACCGUUUUGAGAGGCUGAGACUCAGUCGGGGCGGGGGCGCCUUGAAGGAUGGAGCAGGGAUGGUGCAGAGGGAAGAGCUGCUGAGUUUCAUGGGGGCUGAGGAGGCAGCCCCUGACCCAGCCGGAGUGGGCCGGGGAGGAGGGGUGGCUGGGCCUCCUUCAGGGGGAGGAGGGCAGCCUCAGUGGCAGAAGUGUCGCCUGCUGCUUCGAAGUGAAGGAGAAGGAGGAGGAGGAAGUCGCCUGGAGUUCUUUGUACCACCCAAGGCCUCUCGGCCCCGACUCAGCAUCCCCUGCUCUUCUAUCACAGACGUCCGGACAACCACAGCCCUGGAGAUGCCUGACCGGGAGAACACGUUUGUGGUUAAGGUGGAAGGUCCGUCCGAGUAUAUCCUGGAGACAGUGGAUGCCCAGCAUGUGAAGGCCUGGGUGUCUGACAUCCAAGAAUGCCUGAGCCCAGGACCCUGCCUUGCUACCAGUCCCCGCCCCAUGACCCUCCCUCUGGCCCCUGGGACCUCAUUCCUUACAAGGGAGAACACAGACAGCCUGGAGCUGUCCUGCCUGAAUCACUCGGAGAGUCUACCCAGCCAGGACCUGCUGCUUGGACCCAGCGAGAGCAAUGACCGCCUGUCGCAGGGGGCAUAUGGGGGCCUCUCAGACCGCCCCUCGGCAUCCAUCUCCCCCAGCUCUGCCUCCAUUGCCGCCUCCCAUUUUGACUCGAUGGAACUGCUUCCCCCAGAGUUGCCCCCCCGCAUCCCCAUUGAAGAGGGACCCCCAGCAGGGACAGUUCAUCCCCUCUCAGCCCCCUACCCUCCCUUGGACACUCCGGAAACAGCCACAGGGUCCUUCCUGUUCCAGGGGGAGCCAGAGGGCAGUGAGGGGGACCAGCCCCUCUCAGGGUAUCCUUGGUUCCACGGGAUGCUCUCUCGGCUCAAGGCUGCACAGUUGGUGCUGACUGGCGGCACUGGCUCCCACGGUGUCUUCCUGGUGCGCCAGAGUGAGACAAGGCGGGGUGAAUACGUCCUCACCUUCAACUUCCAGGGCAAGGCCAAGCACCUGCGUUUGUCGCUGAACGAGGAGGGUCAGUGCCGGGUCCAGCACCUGUGGUUCCAGUCCAUUUUCGAUAUGCUCGAGCACUUCCGGGUGCACCCCAUCCCUUUGGAGUCGGGAGGCUCCAGUGAUGUUGUCCUUGUCAGCUAUGUCCCAUCCUCCCAGCGACAGCAGGGCCGGGAGCAGGCUGGGAGCCAUGCGGGGGUGUGCGAGGGAGAUGGAUGCCACCCCGAUGCCUCCUGCACCCUCAUGCCCUUCGGAGCGAGUGACUGUGUAACCGAACACCUCCCAUGACCCACCCCAGCCCCCUGAACCCCCUUCAUGGACAGAUCCCCCACAGCCUGGGGCAGAAGAGGCGUCGAGGGCGCCAGAAGUGGCGGCAGCAGCAGCCGCAGCAGCCAAAGAGAGGCAAGAGAAAGAGAAAGCGGGCGGUGGAGGGGUCCCGGAAGAGCUGGUCCCCGUGGUUGAGCUGGUCCCCGUGGUUGAAUUGGAAGAGGCCAUAGCCCCAGGCUCAGAGGCCCAGGGCGCUGGGUCUGGUGGGGAUGCGGGGGUGCCCCCAAUGGUGCAGCUGCAGCAGUCACCACUAGGGGGUGAUGGAGAGGAAGGGGGCCACCCCAGGGCCAUUAACAACCAGUACUCCUUCGUGUGAGCCAACCCCACCCGCUCCACCCUUUUUAAACCCCCCAGCCCUGCUCGUGAGAUUGGGCUGGGUAGGGACAGAGGAGGCCGAAAUCCCUCCCCCAUGCUUCCUGACCCUUGUUGGCCAAGGGCAUCUUUGAUGGUACAAGCAGAGGCUCGGGAGAGGCUCCCGUCACACACUACAGGUCCCCUCCCCAGGGCAGGGGAUUUGGGCUCCAUGAGCUCCUUGAGGGGCUCUUCUGGUCAGCCCCACCCUGGGGGCCAUUUCCCCAUUAACUACCCCCAGCCCGAGGCAGGGUGAGGGGGAAGGGCUGUCAGUUACAUUAAGGUGGUUGUUGUUGUUGUUUUAAACAAAAUGGAGAAGCAUAAAUAAAUAAAAAGGUUUAUCUCGGUUC